UUUUGUCUUUAAAUUAAUAAAAGAAAAACCUUCAUUUUGUGUCCCCAUCUUGUCCUUACCAUCCCUGUUCCUUCUCUUCUCUGAAUUACCAAGAAGAAGAUAUAGAGCCGUUCAGGACUUACCUAACAUCGACCGGCGAUCCACAUAGUAAACUCUCCUCCUUACAAGCUGCUUGGGUUGCCAAGAACCUUCUUCAUUUCUUAAGAAUAAUAAUAAAAAAAACCCAUCUCCCACUAACACCACACAGGCACAGCUGUGUCAUAGAAGAAAAAAAUAACAUAUUUAGUCCCAGUUACGCCCUAUCAGUGCUUCACAACUCGGUCCUUCUUUCUUUCAACACCCAUUUCACCCUCUCUCUUUAUGAAUUUAUUCUUCUUUCUUGCUUUCUCUAUGUGAGAAAUACAGAGUGUGGACGGUUAAAGGUGGUGGCUUUCUUUGAAGCAUUCCUUUUUUGGUUUUAACGAUUUGUUCAAAUUUUCUUGUCCUCCUUUUUUCCCUGCCGUUUAGCAUUUCCAAAGCUUUCAACGAAUCUGACAAAGGGAUCUGUUCAUCUGUUAUAUCUAUAUAUAUACAAACAGAAGGAUCUGAAGAGAAGUCUCUUAUAGUGUUAAAAUAUGGCCUCAAAAUCAUUCAAGGCUACUCGAUCAAACCUAUCAACUAGCUCGGAUGCUGCGGAAUCUCACAAACCUCCCCUGCCUCCGUCGGUGACAUUUGGCCGGAGAACUUCUUCUGGUCGCUAUAUCAGCUACUCAAGGGAUGAUCUUGAUAGUGAACUUGGGAGUAGUGACUUCAUGAACUAUACAGUGCACAUACCACCGACCCCUGACAACCAACCCAUGGAUCCAUCAAUCUCACAAAAGGUUGAAGAGCAAUAUGUGUCAAAUUCGCUCUUUACAGGCGGUUUUAAUAGUGUGACUCGUGCUCAUCUCAUGGACAAGGUGAUUGAAUCUGAAGCCAGCCAUCCCCAAAUGGCUGGUGCUAAGGGAUCCUCUUGUGCGAUUCCAGGGUGUGAUGCAAAGGUGAUGAGUGAUGAGCGAGGUGUUGAUAUUCUCCCUUGCGAAUGUGAUUUCAAAAUAUGUAGGGAUUGUUAUAUUGAUGCAGUGAAAAGUGGGGGUGGAAUUUGCCCUGGUUGUAAGGAGCCUUAUAAGAACACCGAAUUAGAUGAAGUGGCUGUGGACAGUGGAAGGCCUCUUCCACUUCCUCCACCUGGCACAAUGUCCAAAAUGGAGAGGAGGUUGUCGUUGAUGAAGUCAACCAAAUCAGUGCUGAUGAGGAGCCAGACUGGGGACUUUGAUCACAAUAGGUGGCUCUUUGAAACAAGGGGAACUUAUGGGUAUGGGAAUGCUAUCUGGCCAAAUGAUGGGGGUUUUGGCAAUGGGAAUGAUGAAGAAGUUGGUGAGCCUAAAGAAUUGAUGAGCAAGCCAUGGAGGCCACUUACUCGAAAAUUAAAGAUACCAGCUGCUGUUAUCAGUCCAUAUCGGCUUCUCAUUCUUAUUCGGAUUGUGAUACUCGCAUUGUUUUUGGAAUGGAGGGUCAGACACCCUAACAAUGAUGCAAUUUGGCUGUGGGGGAUGUCAGUGGUUUGCGAGAUCUGGUUUGCUUUUUCAUGGCUUCUUGACCAGCUUCCAAAGCUAUGCCCAAUCAAUCGUGCUACAGAUCUUAAUGUCUUGAAAGAUAAAUUUGAAACACCCAGCCUUAGCAACCCCACUGGUAAAUCUGAUCUCCCAGGCAUAGAUGUUUUCGUCUCCACUGCAGAUCCAGAAAAAGAACCGCCUCUUGUCACUGCAAACACCAUCUUAUCAAUCCUAGCAGCUGAUUACCCAGUUGAAAAGCUUUCUUGUUAUGUUUCUGAUGAUGGAGGUGCACUUCUAACAUUUGAGGCCAUGGCUGAAGCAGCAAGUUUUGCUAAUGUAUGGGUUCCUUUUUGCCGUAAACAUGGUGUUGAACCCAGGAAUCCAGAAUCCUACUUCAAUUUGAAGAGGGAUCCUUACAAGAACAAAGUGAAGCCAGAUUUUGUCAAGGAUCGCAGAAGAGUAAAGCGUGAGUAUGAUGAGUUCAAGGUCCGUAUAAAUAGCUUGCCUGAUUCUAUUCGCCGCCGAUCUGAUGCCUAUCAUGCUCGGGAGGAAAUCAAGGCCAUGAAGCUUCAGAAACAGCAUAAGGACGAUGAACCUGUGGAGAGCGUAAAGAUUGCAAAAGCGACAUGGAUGGCAGAUGGUACCCAUUGGCCAGGGACUUGGCUGAAUUCUGCACCUGAGCACUCUAGGGGUGACCAUGCUGGUAUCAUACAGGUGAUGCUGAAACCUCCCAGCGAUGAGCCACUACUCGGAACUGCUGACGAUACCAAGAUAAUGGACUUCACUGAUGUUGAUAUUCGUCUCCCAUUGCUUGUCUAUGUUUCUCGUGAGAAGCGUCCAGGCUAUGAUCACAACAAGAAGGCAGGGGCCAUGAAUGCGCUUGUUCGAGCCUCAGCUAUUAUGUCUAAUGGCCCUUUCAUUCUUAACCUUGACUGUGAUCACUAUAUUUACAACUCCCAGGCAAUGAGGGAAGGCAUGUGUUUCAUGAUGGAUCGAGGAGGUGACCGCCUAUGUUAUGUUCAGUUUCCUCAGAGGUUUGAGGGCAUUGACCCCUCUGAUCGAUAUGCUAAUCACAACACUGUUUUCUUUGAUGUGAACAUGCGUGCCCUUGAUGGUCUUAUGGGUCCAGUCUAUGUUGGAACUGGCUGCCUCUUUAGAAGGAUUGCCCUUUAUGGCUUUGACCCCCCACGAGCAAAAGAAAACCACCCAGGUUGCUGCAGCUGCUGCUUUUCCCGGCGCAAGAAGCAUUCCUCGAUUGCAAACACCCCAGAAGAGAACAGGGCUCUAAGAAUGGGUGAUUCUGAUGAUGAAGAGAUGAACCUCUCCCUGCUCCCUAAAAAGUUUGGCAACUCAACGUUUCUCAUUGACUCAAUCCCAGUGGCAGAGUAUCAAGGUCGUCCUCUCGCAGAUCACCCAGCUGUUAAGAAUGGACGCCCACCUGGUGCUCUCACUAUUCCCCGUGAGCUUCUUGAUGCAUCAACUGUUGCAGAGGCAAUCAGUGUCAUAUCUUGCUGGUACGAGGACAAGACUGAGUGGGGAAAUCGUGUUGGUUGGAUUUAUGGAUCUGUCACUGAAGAUGUUGUCACUGGGUAUAGGAUGCACAACAGGGGAUGGAAAUCAGUUUAUUGUGUGACCAAGCGUGAUGCCUUCCGUGGCACUGCUCCGAUUAAUCUCACAGAUAGGCUUCAUCAAGUUCUCAGGUGGGCUACUGGUUCUGUUGAGAUUUUCUUUUCCCGCAACAAUGCCCUCUUAGCCAGCCCUAGAAUGAAAUUUCUUCAGAGGAUAGCAUAUCUGAACGUUGGCAUCUAUCCCUUCACUUCAAUCUUCCUGAUUGUGUACUGCUUCCUCCCUGCACUUUCCCUCUUCUCUGGCCAGUUCAUCGUUCAGACCCUUAAUGUCACCUUCCUUGCUUAUCUCCUAAUCAUCACACUGACUCUGUGUUUACUUGCUGUGCUGGAAAUCAAGUGGUCUGGAAUUGAGCUAGAGGAGUGGUGGAGGAAUGAGCAGUUUUGGUUGAUUGGAGGAACUAGUGCCCACCUUGCUGCUGUGCUUCAGGGGUUGUUGAAAGUCGUUGCAGGGAUUGAAAUUUCUUUCACCUUGACUUCAAAAUCAGCUGGUGAUGAUGUGGAUGAUGAGUUUGCUGAUCUCUACGUUGUCAAAUGGACAUCGCUGAUGAUACCUCCUAUCACCAUCAUGAUGGUCAACUUAAUUGCAAUAGCAGUUGGAUUUAGCCGAACAAUUUACAGUGUUAUACCACAGUGGAGUCGAUUACUGGGCGGGGUUUUCUUCAGUUUCUGGGUCUUGGCUCAUCUCUACCCCUUUGCUAAAGGGUUGAUGGGAAGAAGAGGAAGGACACCAACCAUUGUUUUUGUGUGGUCAGGUCUUAUUGCAAUCACCAUCUCUCUCCUUUGGGUGGCAAUCAAUCCUCCGUCUGGCACCAACCAAAUCGGUGGCUCUUUCCAGUUUCCUUGAUAGGUCUUUUUUUUUGUCCUUUCGAGUUUAAUUUAUUCAAUGACAUUCGUUUACUAAAUUCUUAGUUCAAAACAUCAAUCCUGCUGGAGAACAGACUAGUUAUGUUCCUUGCACCCAUUUUGUGUAGUGGCUACUUCCACAACAGUUCUACCGAAGAUGGAGAUCAGGACCGAGAAGAUGGGUGGCUGGUUUUCUUGGCUUUGUUGUGUGACAAUGCAUUGCAUGAAAUGCUAAAAUCAGCGGACCCAUUUUCAGGCAGAUGACUAGAAUUGUGCUCAAUGCAUUCUUUUGUAAUUUAGAAAAGCGAACGUAAAUUUUAAUGGAAUAUUUUUUUUAUUCCAA